AUGACCUCCUACCAAAGCUGGACCGAUCUUCAGGCAGAUCUGGGUGACCUUUCCGACCUGGCCGAGUGGAACGAUGGCAUGAAGUGGCUGCUUCUGGUCGUCGAUAUUUAUUCGAAAUUUAUUAUGGUGGCCCCACUAAAAGACAAGCGGCCUGCUGGAGUGGCAGUUGAAAUGCGAAAAAUGUUUAAUCCCUGGAUUCCUUACAAUUUGAUGACCGACCAGGGCAAGGAGUUCACUUCGGGAGCCAUGCUUGACCUAUAUAAAGACCUGGAAAUUAACCAUUUUACUCUCAGAGGCAGCGAUCAGAAGGCCCAGGUGGCGGAGGCUCAUCUCAAGACGAUCAAGUACAAGAUUUAUCGAUAUUUCACGCAUUACAACACUCGACGCUGGGUGGACGUGGUUCACAAGAUUGCCGACACUCUGAAUCAUACGCGAAGCAGUGUAACUGGGAUGCGUCCCGUCGACGUGACACUAGACACGCGUCUUCCGGAGCAGCAUGUGCGUAUCGCCGACGAUUCCCGCUUCAAUGUUGGCGACACGGUUGUGCUGUCUAAUCGACGCCAAACAUUCCAGAAGGGAUUCCGAGGUCUCUGGGGUACCGAGCUGUUUGUCGUCCGUCACGUCGACAUGCGCAUACCAGUGACGUAUCGCGUGGCCGAUCUGAACGGAGAACUGGUUGAGGGUCGCUUCUACGAGCAGGAACUUCAGCGGGCCGAGAACCGUGAAGGUGUCUACAAGGUGGAGAAGGUACUGCGCGAACGACGACGGCGAGGGAAAAUUGAGUACUUUGUGAAGUGGCUGGACUAUGGCGACGAAUUCAAUUCAUGGGUGGCUGCCGAUGACGUCGUUGACCUGACUCCAAGACCGCCUACU